AUGUCAUCAAAAAAUAAUUACGAACAAAGAACUCUACACGUUCAAAAAAUACCUCAAAACCUUCGCCCAGACUGUAAGGAAAUGAACGACUACAAUAAAGUAAAAGAGGUGUCAUCAAAAAAUAAUUACAAACAAAGAACUCCACAUGUUCAAAAAAAACCUCAAACCCUUCGCCCAGACUGUAAGGAAACGAACGACUGCAAUAAAGUAGAAGAAGUGUCAUCAAAAAAUAAUUACGAACAAAGAACUCCACACGUUCAAAAAAAACCUCAAAACCUUCCCCCAGGCUGUAAGGAAACGAACGACUGCAAUAAAAUAAAAGAGGUUAUUGACAAUUUUCAUGAAAACCCCAUAAAACAGAAUAAGGUUAAUCAAUUUUCUAUUUUCAAUGCAAAAUUUACUUUAAACAAUGUCUCUAGCAAAUUAGAAGACGAUUUAUCAAAAAUUCUUUCAGAAAACUUAUAUAAUUAG